AUGGGUCACUAUUCGCCGCCAGAUGGAUCGAAGAGUCCCAAUCUCUCGCAAUUGGCUCAGAAAGAAGAUCCUGAGAAGCCAAGUGACGAUAAAGCGGCACAGUUUUAUGCGAGACCCAGUCUUGGCUUAAGACUUUGGGGCCCUUUCGUUCCUGCUUCAGACAAUAGAGCUGGGCUUUGGUCACUGGUUGGAAUUCAAACUGCGUUUGGACUGCUCUGCAUGCGAAGGUUCAGAACUUUGGGCACAAAGAUCCUCAAGAGAGAUAUUUCCCAAUUUCCAAGUUUAAAUCGAUUUUCAGUUACUCGCGGUGAUAUAUAUUUGGCCAAUCAUGGCGGCACCGCUUUUGGAGGUACGCACUCUUUUCGCAGAGUUGGACCAACAGUUUCUUCCAGCUUUUUCCAGUCUGCUAAGUUCACCACGUUCAAAAGAACUAUGUACUUACUCAGCGGCUCGCUACUAUUGAGCCAGUCGCUUUUGGAGGCUUGCAGAUUGACAAUUCUGAAAUAUGAUCCUUGGUAUGAAGAAGUCCACUCCGCUCGCGAGAAGCAAUUUUUCAACGAUAUAAUAAAAUACUACCACGAAGGAAUUGAUCCUACCAGAUUUAAAGUGAAGGACGCUGUCAACGGUAACUCAUUGCCAUUGAAUACACCAGAAGUGAAACAAAGCGUCGCGUUUGUACGAGCCACAGCCGAGGCUGAUAGUUGGAUAGUGUCUUGGUUUGGGCCACUUGAAUAUAAGCCUAUGACCUUCAGCGAGUACCUGGACAGACUAGAAUACCACUUAGAGAUGACAGACUUUUUGAAAAGCAGGCAUACGAGAGAGGUUACGACUCAAGUACUUGGAAGAACUAUAUCGCAUUUGAAAGAGGAGUUAGACGAACUGAUACAGAAAAAUGUGCAAACGAGACGAAACGUUCACUCACUUUUGGAAUCUGCACCGGCACGCAGUAUGCCCGUAAUACAUGGUCCUCGUCAGGGUUCAUUAAAGGGUAUCCUUCUAGAUCCUAAUUAUAAAGCUCCAGAAGACAUUGACCUUGCGGAAACAUGGUCGACUUUUAACCCGUGGUUAGAUUUAGCAUUGGAAACGUCGCUGAGCAUCAAGUUUCUGCCCACCGCUUUGAUGGCAGACGAUUCUCAAGAUGAACAAAAUACCAGCAACUCGCCAACCAGCGACGUUGACACAGACAACGAUAAAAAAUGA